GCAGAAAGCACACACCUCACACACACGCACACACACACACAGACACACACUCAUACUAGUGUAGGAGGAAGAGGUGGCUGCGGAGCUGAAAGGCUCCUCUGGGACUCAGAUCCAGUCUGACAUGACGAGGAAUUAGAGAAGAGAGGACCAUUACAGAGGCUCAGAGGAAACCCUCAGACCACAGCAGAUGGAUUAUAAUCUGAACCACGGACAAACUGUGAAGCAUUUCUCUGCAACAAGGACUUUUUAAUGAGUGUGAGAGCCUCAGCGGUGAGUUAGUGAGACUUUACAGCCUAUAGAUCUCUGUUUCUGUGUCGAUCACAGAAGUCUUCCUGUGUGUGUGUUGUUCUUACGUGGAUCGAAGGUAGAUUAUUUAUCUCCUGUAGGGACAAUAAUCCUCAGUGUUUGAUCCGUUUUUAUUGUUUUUUUGCAAUGAUGUUUCUUCAGGACUCUAGCAGAAGGAAACAGUUUGCUCUGACACGAUAAUUGACAUCUUGUCGGUUAAAUACUUCCUGACUUUUACAAACCGGGUAUUGAACACAGUAACCCGGGAGGGGGGACAGCUGACUGUACAGGCACCAUGAUCAGCUCGGAGGGCCUGAGGCCGGCCACGACCGGCAGAAAGCCCCUGGGUAAGCUCGCCACCCGGCUGGAGGAGGUAAAGAACCCGUGGCGACAGGGCUCCACGCUGGAGCUGAGCCACAACGAGGCGGCCCGCCUGGCCACGGACGCGCUGCUGGAGCACGGAGAGAAGGAGUACCGCAGGGUGCUGGCAGAGGAGCGGGAGCUCAACUUUCUGUCCCCGCUGGAGAUCCGGUACAUCACAAAGCAUGCGGCCAAAGCCUUCGGCUCCGAGAGCAACGGAGUCGGUCCCAAUGACCGGGACUUCGGAGACGGGGAUGCCGUAUCCGAGCUCACCUCCGGGACUUACUUCCCCAUGAUGUCCGACGAGGAGCCACCGAUGCUGGAGCUCGGCUGGCCGGAAUCCCCGGCGAGAUACGGACCAUCAGAGACGCAGAUCUACUUCCAGAGGGACAAGUCCCACAACGUGAAAGACCUGAUCAGGUCCCUGAUCAACAAAGCCAAAAAGGUAAGAGAGCUUCAACAGGUCUAUUAUGUGAACGAAGUGCGUUUAAAAAGUAUAAAACUAAAGCAGAGGGAUUAUUUUCAUGAUCCACGUUCAGUCAGGAGGUUCUUGGUCAUUAAAACAAGUGGUAUCAUCUUACAUUUGAGGACUUCAGUGUGACCCCCAAUGAGUAUUUGAUCAUCAUAUGUAGGCUAUUCAUUUUCUAUUGAAUGUUUUGGCAUGCUUCAUAUUGGCAGUGCAAAUGAAACUUACUCUAAGCACAUACACUGCUCUUUUGUUCCUCUGUACAUGAUGUCAAAACUUUUUCCAGUGCCCAGGGUUUAUUUAAGGCAGCUUGAACUUUAUGUUAAAAAAAAAAAAAAAUACACACUGGGAUGAUUGUUUGUAUUCCAAAUGCAAUGACUGGAAUAAGGGCUGAAGAAUAAAAUAUCCCACUCAGGUUAAAGUACAGGUACUUUCUGUCUGUUAUCUACUCAGGUAAAAGCAAAAAAUACUCAUAUAUUAAAAAAAGGUUCCUGGUGUACUGAGUCCUUACUUUUAUGCCAUGGUGGAGGGGGAAGUAAGAUAUGUUCCACCAAAUUACAAGAAGAUUGGAAGUAGUUUGGACCCUGCACCUAUUCAGAUUGAAGUAACUGAAUAUUUUUGCAAUAUUUUUGUCAGUGUUGCACUUUGUUGACAGUUCCUGCAUGCUCAACUCAAAAUAAUGAGGAAAGAAAGACUUCAUUGACUGUAGAAAGUGAAAAUAGUUGCAAAUGUGGCAUAGCUUUUUGAAGCUAUUUUGAGUUCUUACCUUCUGGCUUGUAAUACCUUGAAAUGUGAUUUGUAGUUUGACUUGUCAGGUCAGUGGAGUUCAAAUUAACGAUUAUGAUGAAACAUUUUGACUAUAGUUAUUUUAGAAGAGUUGAGUCCGUCCUGUGUGUGAAGUGAUUUCUGCUUGGUUUGACUUUGUUGCAUCGUCGGAUUGUAACUCUGCAGAGUGUUCAUAAUGUACAGCUUGUUUAUGUACUGUAGGGGGAAGGCGCUCUGUACUCAUGUUAAAUAUUAGUUUAAAACACGGACAUGAAAAUAUGAGAUAUUUUUAGUCAUUUACUCUUCCUCAUAACCAGUCAUGAUCCAGUAUUUAAAGUGUUAGCCUCCAGCGCACAAACACUCAACUUAAACAUUUGUCAUUCAUGCAGCACUUUUCUGCGUAAAUGUUUAACAGAAUAUCAGCAGUCUAAUAUUUACAGAGAAGAUAUGCAAUACAAGCACGCAAGCAAUUCAAAUAAUUUGAAUACAAUAAAACCGUCAAUAACUAAAAAUAGUUCAUUUUAAUGCCUGAAACCUGGGGGUAGAUGUUUGCCAAGCAGUUGGAGAAACAGCCUUUUUUCCCAUUUUUCAUAUAAGAUAUUCACAAUAAAAGUCAGAAUGAUGAGAUGAGAUGAGGGCACAGCUUAAGCACAGAGUACAAGAUAAGCAAUGAUGCUUUUGUCCACAGGGGCGCCAAAAUUGACACAAUCUAACAGACAAAGAAAAACCCCUGAAGUCUCUCACAGGAACUUAAAGCUGAGUAAAAACAAACAAACAGACAAACAAACAAAAAAACAGUGGAAGUGAUGAACAUGGAUGAACAAAGGGUCACAGAGUUUGCUUAUAAUCAGCAUCAUUGGUGUGCAGAGUGUAGUUAAGACUUGCAAAGCUAGCACCAACAGCCUGCAGGUUCACAUUCACAAGCCUGUGCAGAUGACACAUUUCUCCAGUUCAUUUAACCAGACAAAGCCGGUAGACAUGCUGUGUCAUCACAAUUUUUGAUCAAAAACUGACCAACAUAAAAAAGUUCCUACAGCAGUGAAAUGUCCGUAACGUCAAGUCUGCGUACUGUCCUUCCAAGAGAAUAGACAGAUUCCCCGGCCGGCAUACAGCUAUGCUCACAACUGUAACUCCAGCAUGACAACAAACACACGUCUGGGCAAAAUAGAGGAUCGGUUUGAGGUCACAGGGUAACUAUUUGUGCAGCUCACUCAGGUCCAUUUUGUUUGUGUCCCACUUCCAGAACCAUGGCAGAGUACCAAAGGCAGAUAUUUACUCAGCACACACACACAGAAAACACACAGCUGAACGUGAGGAUGUGUUUACAGAUAACAUGUGACAGAAACACAAAACUCGAGCUGCCUUUAAAUCUGGGCCUUCGUAGUUUAAUAUUUUGGGGUGUAAAAGAUAAUAAGUUCAAGAACUUUGGUGAAUUUUAUAGGUAACUCUAUUCUGAUGCAGAAAGGUAAAUAACAGGAAAAUUAUAUUGAGGUUAUAACGUUAUAAUGGAGUCUGUGAGGAAAGUGAGUUCAUGGCUGGUGUUUUCUAAAGAAGUAUCUUCCCACUCGACAAGGAGGUCCACAUCUGAAGCAAUAUUUUUAUUAUCCUGACUCUUAACAACCAGAGACUGUUUCAGAAGACCUGUUUUUGAUGGAGAGCAGCCGCAACCAUGACAGACAGUUUUGUGGCUGCAGGCUGAAAUGAUGUGUUAAUGGAUUGAGCAAUUAAGACACUUUUUUGCCACUUAGUCACCAGCCAAAUGCAUGUAAAAACAGAGCCCAGGCUGACACGUGUCGGGGGGAGGGAUCAUAAAGAACCUGUAAGUUAGAGGGAGCAAAAACAUCAUCAUGAGUGUGUUCUGAAAAACAACAUGACAGAGACACUGCUCACCCUCAGACGGGUGUUUGUUUUUUUCCCUCCUCUCUACCUGAGUGCAUUAACUUCUUCCCAGGUGGUUUCCGCUUGGUUUGCUUACAAACAAAUGCAGCAGGCCAGAAUCUGCCCGCCGCCCAGCCUACUGUCAUGUUUGAUCAGCUCUUAUCUGGUCUGAGCGCCCCGGCUGACGGCAUGCGGCCUGCUCUGUCACUCAUUGAACAAAUUGACCUCAGCUUAGUGAUCAGACAGAGUUUGACCCUCUAAUCAGCGACUUUUUGAUUAGAGGUUUCUAGGAUUGACCGAAAAUGAGACAAAGACCUUCAGUUCUUAUCAGCACGGACUGAAACGGACACAAACGCUUCCACACUGUCUCAGAUGUGGUGUUACUAGUUUGUGUUUAUUAUGAGUGUCUUUCAGGUUUUGUGACUCUGUGAGUCUUUUUGGUAUCUGAGUCCUCCCAAACAUUUUGUGUCUCUUUAUGGUCCCUUUUGUGCACCAGGAAACGGAACAAAACAAAGUCAAACUUGGCAGGGUUUUAGCUCUAGUGAAUGGUUCCUCAUAUCUACGUCAUCGUAAAGCGCAGCUCAGUCAGUCAGUAAUUUGAUCUAAAACAUGGAGAUAAAGCCGUAUACAGGUUGUGUCUGCUUGAACUGGCAUAUAAUCACUAGACUGAGGCAACAUGUAACCAUCACAGACAUGUGGAAGUUCACCUGCAGGCUGCUGGUGUUAGCUCUGCUAAGGUUAGCCAGCCUCUACAAACCAAUCUGACAUUUAUUAAAGGUCAUUUGUUGCUGCUUGUUCUCAAGUGGCAACUUAUUUUGUUUUCAGUGGUUUGUUUUCCAGUUGUGUUGUUACUUGUGUUUGUUUUUUUAUUAGUUUCAGUUUGUGGUCUCAUUUUGCAACUUACUGCAUUCUCUGCAGAUUGUGUCACUUGUUUUUUUCACCUUUGUGGUUAUUGUUGCUGUGAUGUUUGUGUGGCGGUGGUUUCUGGUAAAUUGGGGCUUCUUUAUUGUCGUUUACUCUGUCAUCAUAUGACAACCUCCUUUUCUUGCUGUCAAUAUUAUUAUUUAUUUAUUUAUUUUUUAAACUCCUACCACAUCACAUUACUGAGCACCUUAAUUUGUUUGUUGAUUUAUCAUCCCAUCUGUAUAUUUCACAUUUCAUAUUUAUUACUCAUUUCAUAUUUAUUAGUCAUUUCAAUAGCUCACGUUCUUCAUAUCUCACUUUUUUCUCUUAAGAUGUUUAGUAUAUUUAGUCUGUAUUUAUUGUAAAUACUUAGUAUUUUUAGUCUGUAUUGUACUUACUUCUUAUAUUUAUUUUAUCUUGUAUUUUUUUGCUGCUGUAACAUGUGAAUUUCCAUGUUUGGUAUCUAUCUAUCUAUCUGUAAAGUAAAAAUACCUCUCUUUUGCUAUUUAGCAUCUUAUUUUUGUGUGUAUCUAGUAUCUGUGUAAGUCUGUAGUCAUUUGAGUGACUGUCCCACACUAACGAUGCAGAUCACAACCAGAACAGAUGUUAAGUUUAUAAUCCAAGAGCUUUUUAGAGGAGGAAAGAUACAUUUAUUAACAAUAAUCAGCUCUGUCAUCUAUAAAAUAUGAAUAAAUGUAUGAGUGUGACUUUAUAAAUCAGAGUAUUUUAAAGAGAGUUGGCAGAUUGUCUCAUGAUCACUUCACAAACCACAUCACAGCUAAAUAAGAGCUGCUUUUAUUGGCAGACAGUCCAGCACACGUUGCAUGAGUCACUCUCACAGACACUUCCUUGUUCUGUAUGUGUAAAUAGACUCGUUAGAAAUGCGCAACUCUCAAGUCUGCUACUGAUGAUAUAAAACAGUGAGAGAAUUCAAACCCCUGCAUGAAAUACCCUCUAAAACAGAAACGCACAGAAUCCUAGAAGCGGGUUUCUCGAUGCACGACAAAAAAAAAAACGUUGACCUCUUUCUCACGUGUUUGUGCUGAGUCAGCGGGUUUCAGAUCAAAUGACGCUCCGGUUACAGCGAUACAGAUGAUAAAGAGCUGCAGUUAGAGCUGCGCGUUUGUUACUUUCUCUCAGCAUGAGAUCACACCGUACUGUUCAGCUUUACACUUUGUGUUUGAACUUUACGAUGAAGUUGUGAUUCCAGUGCAGUGAAGGAGUCCCAACGGUCUUUAUCGUGGAAAAAUGACAUCAACAAAAAUGACUGUUAGUCUGCAAACAGUGUUUGAGAACUGACAUGCAGCCACUCAGUAUUUCCUCAAACCAGUUUUCUUUUUUUAACGGUCAUGAGAAAAAAUCAAUACAAAAGUGUUUACUGUGAGGCUUUCAGUCAUUUUCAUCCUGUGUUUCAUUUGCAGGCAUCUCUCCGUACGCGCCUGUGGGCAGGAACAUGUCAGUACAUGUGUGUGUUUGCACGGAGUGGUGUAAAGUCAAACACAGGCCUCGUGUGUGUGUGUGUGAAUAUUCAUCUUACAUAACGUGUUCCAUACAGAGGACACUUUGUUAUCUUUCUUUAUAAGUUUCACAUUUGAUGAGAAAGUUUGAGUUCAUGUGUCAAGAAAACCCGAAAGUGACCAGAGAGUAAAACAAAACAGCAGGAAAGCUAAACAGACGGGAAUGGCUGAUACCGUCCUGUAAAAUUACAGAAUAAAACAUCACAAAACAACCACUUGGCCUAUCCUUGAUCCAUGUCGACCAGGUUCAUCUAAGUGAAACAGGAUUUAAUAUGAACACAAUUAAAACUGCCCCACCUCAUAACAGCACACCUUCAGAGGUCUUUGUGGAGUUCAUGUCUCAUCAGGUCUGGGCUGUUAUGGCCUGAUGAGAAGGGAGGCCCACAAUGUCAUGCCUCAUGAGUGUUUUUCUAAAGCACACACUUGGAGGUGACAUUUGACAUUUAGGCUUUUGCUGUGUCAAACAUCCGCUACCGUUACGCCACAUAUAAGUUUUGAGAUAAUCACUUUGUAUCCUCAAAAUCAAGAUCAGGACAUCUGUGCAGGAGACCGAGAUGGGGAGGCCAGAAUAUCUGGUUCAGUUCUUUGUUUGGACCCAAUAAAGGGUGUGAUAUAAGGGUUUGCUGGGAUAUCUUUGCUUCAUCACUUUGUCUAUUUCGUAAGUGACUGAAUGUUCAGUCAAGUUUUCCAGCAUGGUGACGGCUAGGGCUGCAUGAUUACGGCAAAAAUCAUAAUCUCAGCGGUUUUGAUUGGUAUUGACAUCACUGUUAUCAAAAAUCAUUAUCCAUGAUUUGACAUCUGCAGAUGUCCCCUAGCCCUCUUGACUGGUAUACUUAAAAACAAAUGAAUGAAGUCAGUGGGUUUACAUAUUUCAUCCAUGUCUGAUACAGUUUGUGGUCGUUUGAUGGUUAAAAAAGAAAUGGUUCCCCUGUGGAAACAGUCCUAUCUUUGGCCAGGACUCGGGAACAAAUCAAACAGCAGAGCCAAAACGGACAGACUCCUCUUUAUGUCCUCUGUUUGAGCUGUUGGUGCCGCUGAUUUGAGAAUUACUGUUGUAUCACACGUUGAUACUUGAGCUUAUCGCUGAAUACCUCAUUCUGAACUUCAUCAGUUUUACCUCAGUUUACUUGUCAGGUUUUUUAAUUUAGAUUUGUGCUUUUCAUAUCAACACAAACUGUCUCACAAGAAAAAUACAAAGACAGAUAGAGCUCCAGUUUGGGUCUGACAAAAAUCAACUACUUGUAGUGUGUUGCGUGCACUCAUCUACCUGAGUAUCAGGAUGGGCUCAGGGGUUUUAAAGUUUUAGCCAAUUAAUAAAUCCGGAUUGAUCCUUCCGCUUCUUAACAAAGGAAGAAAAGAAACUAGAUCUUUGUCUUUGGCCUGCACCUAUCUUUGAUCCAGAUUAACUGUUUGGGUGAGAAAUCUAGUCUGAAACCCUCCUGAACCUUCUGCACACUCAUCUGAGCCACCCUGAUGAUUCAGUCCAAGCUCUCAGAGAGGGGUAAAGACGAAAGAACAGCUGACCAUGGAGCCGGGAACUUAGCCGGGACUGAUCUUUUGCCCUACUUUCAUGUAUUUAUUUUGUGUUGUCACCGCAGAGCAUCCCCACAACAUGGCGUUGCUCCACUUAAAUCAAUAUGUGGUUGAGAUACUGGAGCUACAAUGUUUUUAUAUUUGAAUGAACUGCUUGACUUAAGUUAGAGCUUGUAUUGCAGAUGAAAUAACAAGACUGGUGUUGACAGUUUAUGAAGUUUCAUUUCUGAACUGUUUGACCCGAAUGUUUAAGAUAAGAAGAGAGGAGAUUCACUGAGCAAUAAAGCCUCAUUUUAUUUCGUGAAUAUCAGUUAAUCAAAUAAAUUUGAUUGUAUCACAGUGAGACCAUUAACUGUCGUACAAGCAUCAAUCAGAAGCUGAAAAACAUGAACCCAAAGUUUGCAUACAACAGCCAAGUAAAUUAAUUCUUGAUUUUCAUCUGCAAAAAUAUCAACAUUCAGGAUUGAUGGCACUGUGGUUAUUUAUUUGCAGCCUGUUUUCACUGAAGCAGACAUAUUUAAUGCAGUGAGCUACAACAGUUUAGUUUCAUCAUGCACAGGCUUCUUUGACAUUUGAGCAUUUUCAAUAAACACACAGCCAAAGUCUUUAUUUAUCAGACUAAAUAAGCACAAAUAUGGAGAUCUGGAUUUAAUGGCCAUGCUUUAACACCACAUUGAUUCAUUCAGAUAGAGAUAAAGCCAGCCGUCUGCUCCGCUCAGAUUAACUGUUGCAAACUGUGUGUUAAAAAAAAAAGUAUUUGUAUUUAUUUUGGACUCAGAGGUGUACAGGUGCUGCAUCUCUACCUGUCUUGCUCUAGUUCUAAGCUUGACUGGAUGCACAUCCCCACUCUCUGCAGUGUGAUCUGUUGGAUAUGGACCACAAACUGCAGCUGGUUGCUUCUCUUAUCUUGAGUCUAGUACACGUCACAGUCACCCUUUUACACACUUUAAGUACCAACUGUCCAUUAGUCCUCACCUAAUCUUAUUCAUUACUCGUAACGUGCUCAAUGGCGAUGCCUUCAAGAGCCAAUCCACCAAUUAGAAGAUGACCUGCUCGACCACUGAACUACAGCUGUCUCCAGUAAAGCAGUCAACGCUCCCUCUGGUAUGACAUAGGUGAAUCGCAGGGAGAUAUCUGGCUGCUUCAGUUUGCAUGUCGAGACGUCUUCAUGCAAGCUAUUGUGCACAGAAACUGCCUCUCUAUGAAUAUAUAAGAGUGAAUUUUUGUGAAUGAGUAUGUUUGGCUGAUUAAAGGCGUCUCCCAACAGUGUCAAAUGUGUGUGUGUUAAAGGCUCACUAUGAGAGUGGGUUAAAGAUCCUUAAUAGUAUCCUACAGCUAGUGAUGCACGCUUCCUUUCUACUCUUCACCUGCGUCUUGAUGCGUAGUAACAUGCCCCUCAUUAAAAAGUGUUUUUAAAGUCCUAUAGUCUGAGUCAGACUAACAUCGAUCACAGAGUUGUGUGUUAUCAUUUAAAAAGCAGCUUUAGGUAAGGCAUGUAACUCUUGCAGUGUAAGGAGGAAACCCCAAACUCCUGAAAUCUUUACUGCUGUUUGUUGUGAACUGGAGGCCAACACCCGUAUGGAGGACAAAGAAGGGGAGAGCUCCUGGUAAUUUUGCCAUAAAACCUUAAAUACCAUAAACCCUCAAAUAAAGAGCAGCAACCGACCUGCAGCUUGACCCCAAUAAUGACGGGGAUCAUGACCUUUGCAAGUGAAUUAAUUUAAUUUAAUCAUUGGCUGUCUGGUUUCUUAUUUCUAAUGUGAAAUAAAGAAGGUAACUUUUUGGUGAGUUCACAAUGAUCACGCAUUGUCCUGUAUAAUUUCAGCAAUGCCAGUUUUGUAGUGAACGUCAUCACUCUUUGCAGUUUGCUCCAUUUAUUUUCAUUUUAUUCUGACUUAUGAAUUACUGAUAACUGUGUGAUCAGGACUUAGUGAUCUUAGUCCUGAUUAUUAUAAAUAUAGUAUAAUCAGUAUUACAUUAACAGACUUCUGUAUGGAUUUAUUAUUUCUGGGUCAUGCAGAGGCGAAAUCACCAGAAGUCAGUAAUACUAAAUCACAGUCAGCAAAAAUAUCACUGUGACAGUUCUUGCCUUUUUUUGCAGAGAGAGCUGGAGGUAUGAUUUGCUCCAGUUAAAUACAUUAAGAUCAUUUUAAUGUAUUCAAGAAUCAAGAUCAGACAGAGAUGCUAUUUCCUCAGUGAAGUUUGUGGAGCAUUUAACCCUUUGUGCUUUAUGAAUCACACCAUGCCUUUUUGGCUGGAGUUAGUGAAUCAGACCCUCACUUUGUGGCAAUGAAUCCUUAAAAAUCCGGGGAAGUAAGAGAAUGUACAUGCUCAGAGUACAGGUAAUUACAACAAAAUAAAACAUAAAAAAAUCACUGCCCUGUGAGAAUGGAUCCAGAGACUUAAGGCUGUAACCGUAUGAAAUAUUUGACCUCAACACUAAAACUCCAGGUGGACUUUAUUUUGAAAGAUGGGCACUGUUUUCGUUUAUCGCUCAAAGUGAGUUGUAUAUACGUAACUAACUUGUUCAAAACAUGAAUUUUGAUUUCCUCAAGAGUCUGAACGCCAUUUAUCUGUCUAUAUUCUCGUGAGGCUUCAUGAAAAUGCUCAAAACAAAAAAAAAAUUAAAACCCUCAUACCUCCCUCCUGCAGGUGAUCGCCGUGGUGAUGGACGUGUUUACAGACGUGGACCUGCUUUGUGACCUGAUGGAGGCGUCCAACAAGCGCAGAGUCCCUGUCUACAUCCUGCUGGAUGAGAAAAACCUUGACUACUUCACAGACAUGUGCUCAGCGCUCGAUAUUCAGACCUCGCAUCUCAAUGUAAGUACUAAAUACACAUAUCAUUGCUGAAGAAGGGGGAAACAUAGAGGUACAGUGUCGACAUUCACUCUGUAAAAAUCAGCUAAAUUAAGAGGAGACCAGGGAGACAGAAGUUAUGUAAAGAUUUACAUAGCACAAAAUCAUGUCGAGAGCUGCCUCAGGAUACUUUACAGGAUGUAACAUGUAGACUAAACUAACACACAUAUAGAGAAUAGUACUGAGAGAAACUGUGCAUGAACUCUUCCCACCACUCUGAGAGUUUUAGCUCAAUUUUCAUGUCCAUACUCUCUAGAUGAAAUGCAAGAUGUCACCUGUAACACAGUAUUUCAGCUACAUUUUGUCACAGGCGACAGAUCCAACGAAUCGGUGAGCUUUUCCAAGCCUUUUCUUUUAUACGAUGAAAACUGAGGUCUAUGUUUUACUAUGAUACUGACCGCCGUCUUUCAUCAUUUAGCCUAGCUGUUGUUAGCUUGCUGACACCUGCGCACACUUGUGAUCUCUGUUUAUCACAGACACACACUCCUGCCUCCUCCUGCUCCUCUCCUUGCUCUGCUUUCUCUGCAAUUCAGUUUUGAUGAUCAUAUUUUCAUUGUGAAAUAGAAACCUGAUUCAGCUGGAGGUCUUUGCCCUACUUUUAUUUAUUGAUUUUGCGUCAUCACCACAAAGCAUUUCUAUGACAGGGCGUUGUUGCGAUUGAAUCAACAUCUGGUUAAACUGGGUGUAAGAUACUGUUUACUAGCUUGGCUUUAAUAAGUCUGCAACCUGUGUCUCUAACACGAGAAUCACUCUAUACACCGUCACCUUUAAUAUCCUCUUCUCCUGAUCCCGGGCAGAGAUGGUAACCUUUGAACUUCAGAAGUAUCAAGUCUUUCACUCUUGAUUUUUAAGUGCAUCAUCCUGUUUUUCCUUUUUUAGGGCACCACAGUCAGUUUUAACAUACUUGAACUCUGAAAACUGGAAUUUAAAGUAAUAACAAAGGGAAACAGUGAUAGUGUUGAUGUUAAGCUGUAUUUAUACGUGUCAGAUGAACAGUUACAUAAGUUCAAACUGAAAAUGUGUGAGGCGUAAGAAGGUAUUUUGCGGCCUCAGCAGUCCACACUCAGCUCCUAGAAGUCACAGCACAGUGUAAGAGAGGAGGAAUCUGGAGGUUGUAGCUCUGGUGUGUGUUCAAGUCUGUUAGUGUAGGGUCCUUUUGUUUGAUUGCUUCAGUAUUGACUUCAAUUUUAUUUCAGUCUUUGGUAUUUUCUUCAAACGCCUAUAAAAGAGAGCAAAUCCGAUGGCGUCUUGCUGUGUUACAGUCUAAAAAUAAAACCAUAAUUGCUUGUAAUGAAAAAAAUCUGUCAAUGAAUUAAAAUAAAACUGUGCUUUUCAAGUUUCUGGAAAUAAGAGAAUGUCUUUUUCCAAUAACUAUUUUCUUCUACUACCACUGGAAGUUCUGGCAGGUCUUAUUUUUGGUGAAACACUUUUUUUAACCAGAGACAUGACAAAGCACCUGCCAAAAUUUCAGUUUUUGCAGCAGAAGCAACAUGACAACUGCCCACUGAGCAUUUUUUGGUCUAAAAGAGGUUUAAUAGAAUGUCUGAAUGUAGUCUAAACGACUGGUCUAAAAUCAGGCUACCACAGGUCUGAAAAUGAAAGUUUAGACUAGCCAGCUAACAGAGAUCUAACUGUAUAUUGCUCAACGGCUAUCAUAAUUAUUUUGGUUUAGUACAUGAAGAUCAGUUAUGCAACUCACAGUUGCUUUUUGAAAUAAAUACUUAUCAAAUAAUGGGUUAAAGUACAACGUCUAAAUUCCGUCUACAGAUAUACAGAAACUAGACGGUUGAAAUCAGGUCUACAAAAUAACUAGAUGUCAAAUAGCCACCACUACCCCUUAUUUUCUUAGUUUUCAUAUGUCUUAUAAGCGCUUGACUUAAUUUAUACUGUUUCAUUUUUGAUUUUCACAAUUGUUAAAUAUAUGUCUAUAUAUGAAGAGGAUAUGGUGAGAGGAUAGAGAGUGUGUAUGAGGGCAAUGACCUGCACCAAAUACUGUCAGGACAGAGAAUCAGUUCUACGACUCUGUGUGAAGCCUCUGUGUACAAGACGCUGGCUCUAUUAACUGAGCCAGAACCAGCAGCCUAAUACUAACGUGAUUUCUUAUCUGAGUCUAAAUGUUUAUAUGUGCGUCUUCUGUGUUUGUGUGCAGAACAUGCGUAUUCGUGGUGUGUGCGGGGACACGUACUGCACCAAGAGUGGCAAGAAAUUCACCGGUCAGGUCCUGGAGAAGUUCAUGAUCAUUGACUGUGAAGAGGUCAUCGCUGGGUCGUACAGGUAAAUAACACACAAACGCAAAAAAAUGGCCAAGUUAAGUGAUGAAAAAUGUCCAAGUACAUUUAAGCUGAGAGUAUGGGUGAGACCUUUCAGAAUAAGUUCAAUUAUAGAACUGGACUCACACCACCACUUUCUUUCUGGUUCUUAAAUUGUGUAUAUUGUAUAUAGUUUUAUUUUAUUUUAUUUUAUUUUCUUCUCCCCUUUUUCCUUUUUCUAAUUUUUUUCUUAAUUAUAACAUUUAUUUAGUUUCUUAAUAUCAGGAUCUUUAUUUUUAUAACUGCAUUUUGCACUACCUUUGUUUGUGAUGCUGCUGUGGCAAAAAAAUUUUCCCCAUGGGGGAUCAAUAAAGGAAUAUUCUAUUCUAUUCUAAUUGCAUGGCAGAGUCGGACCACAUUGACUGGUUUUGAUUUUUGCUCAUUUAACCUCACUGCAAGCACAGUAAAAUUUCCCUUUUAUAUCAUUGAUGCUACCUUAAAAAAAACUUGUUUGUGGCUCAGUUGGGGGGCACAUUUUAACUCAGCAGCCUCAUUUUAAAUCACAGUAUGUGUACACCAGCCCAAAAUUCACAUCUUCAUGGUAGGAAUACACAUCUAUACUUAAAGCUCCUGUGAGGGGUUUUUAGGCGGUGACAAAACAAACUGAAUUCAAAACUGAUAUCUUUUUACGAGCUUCAAAAGCAAACUAGCCUUUGACAACCAAACUACAUUAUGUAAAAAAACAGAGUUUCUGGAGCGUGUUAUGCAUUUAUGAGCAGCUUUAUAGGAAUGGAAGUUGUGAAAUACUUCAGUACAGCACCAGCUUUUCUUACUUCAUCAGGUGAUUUGCAUUGAUUACGCAAGGAAGGAAAAGCAGGAGCUCAGAGGCUGUAAAGUUACCAGGAACCAUUCAUUUUUACAGUAUCAUUCCUGCAUCCUCGCCUGCAUGAAUGUUGGGUUAUCAAUAAACACCCAUGCUCUUAGAUUUCCUACUAAUUCCCUUUCAAAAAUUCCCACUAAUUUCCUUAAACCAACAAGUUAGUUUAUUGGAGAACAAAUAGAGGUGGGUGAAGUAUGAAGGGCUUGCUCUUUGUCUUUUAGCAGCUUUUACCAUAUGCAGCCAUCACCAGAUAUAUUCACAUUAGAAGUGAGCUGGAAAAGGGUGGAGUGUGAAUGAUCGGCAUAUUUCAUAAGUUGAGUUUGAUAUCAGCAGUCUGAGGCUAUCAGGUUUUCCUUUGUGACCACCUGCUGUGAUGUAAAGUUAUUUCCUCUCCUGUUGGAGCUGGUUGGUGAUUGACUGACGCCUUCACGAAGGCGACUUCUUGGCCCACACAGGCAACAGGUGGUGACACAGCAGUAAGCCUUGUUUGCUGCACGUUCUUUGAAGCCACUAUGGUGCGUCUCGGGGGUAUAAGCCAUGGUGCUUUGCCAGAGAGAUGGAAGCUGUGCAGGACAACAGGCUGCAGUGACGAAUAUUGUGUUUUUUUCUGCUUGUUCAACGAGCACAAAGUCAGGAAAUAUCUGCAAACUUCUCAAAGAGGCUGCAGCACUUUUAUGUAUGAAGAAAAUGGACUUCACCUCGUUCACACUGAGUCAAGACAUUUUUUCCUCUGUGGGUGUGGAGGAGCUUUGCCAACGUUUAGACAAUGAAGCUUUGCAUUUAAGACUUCAAUCUGGUGUUGCAGUUUGGACAUGUCGGGUUUUAAAGAUACACGCACAAACCUUUCAGGGAAAGUCUGCUGUUUGGUUGCAUGCUGGGUAAUGUAGGACCCAGUGUUUUUGUACUUUGACUUGGAAUACAAAGAUUUUAGGAAUUUAGACUCAUAAUAAUUGGGCCUCUGCUACACCUGUUUUGACCAAUAUACUGUCUUUGAAUAUGUCUUACAACUUAACGAAAGUCAGACAAGAAAAAGGCAAAUCAAAGAAAUAAAAGAGGUUUUCACUUUCUUAAACCCCUCACAUAUUGGAGACUUGAAGCUUUUAUAUGACGAUGUGUGGGUAGAUUCUUUCUGUACAAGAGACAUUCAGGCUCCUGAAGUACACACACACUUUGCAGCUCUCAAGCCUCAAACAUUUGACAUUUACUUUGCAUCUUUCCUGAUAAGCAGGACGUACAGGAGGAAGCCAGCUGAGCUCGGCUCAUAUUCAGUUUGCAAAUGUGUGGAUAAGCUGCAGAACAAUGCUGGCGUUGUGUAGCAGAGUGAGUGCACUACAGCUGGUGGUGAGGAGAUGUUUGUGGUAUUUGAAACUGUUUGAGAAUACCUGACUAAUACCUGUAAUUAGAGCUACACACUCGACGAGGACAAGAGACUGAUUACCCUUAUAGAGUACUGCACAGACACGUUUCGAGACACUCAUUCAAUUACAGUAGCACCCUCACCCUAUCAGCCAGCUUUUCCUCUGCGCUUAUGUUGUGUCAGUUUUCAGCUCUGAUGAAAGAAGUGUUUGAUUUUAUCAAGAUUUAAAGAAGAAGCUCUUUCAUUAAAACCUUUAAGGAAAGACCAGAAAUCAAAAAACAAACUGAGAUCAAAGAAUGUGAAACUUGUUUUAUAUGAACAAUCCUUAAAAUUUCUAGAAAGUCAGCAGGCAGCCUUCCUCAGAGAUUUAACCAAGUCGAUAACUGGGCCUCAAGGCAAAAGGUGUCUUCGUAAUACCGGAGGUGAGGGGUCUCAUGAGACAGGAUGUAAUGCAGUGUGUUCACUGUAUACAAGCUAUCCAAAAUGUCAUAACCUGAGUGUGACUCUGUAAGACAAGUUUUUUUUUUUUUUCACUUUAAUAUUAACCCAAUAUGUAUUUAAUGGAUUUAAAAUGAGGGGGGAAAUGCACUGGCGAGCAAAACAGAGUAUGAAACAGCUUCAACUCUACAGAGUGAGUCCUCUUGAUUUUACCUGCUGAGCUCUCACAUCAGCUUGACCUGACUUCUUCAAGAUUUCUUUUCUGAGCUGCAGGCGGGAAAAAUUCUGGUUGAGAUCAGUGUGAAAAGUUUGUGUGACCAACCUAAAAUUUGGGGGUAGAUUUUUAGGAGUUCGGUGCAAAUAUAACAAAAAAAGACAAAAAUCAGGGUAAAUCAUGUUAAAAUAGUUGGUAAACAAAUGGUUUCAGGGAUUUGUCAUUGUUGUGUGAAUUUGUUUGUGAUUCAAAGAAUCUGUAUCUUUUUUGAAACCAAAGUUUUUUGAGUAAAUUUUUCGAUUAAUCUGUUCUGAUUGUUUAUUUGAUAACUGGAUGAAGAAAACAGUCAGAACCUGCAGAGUUUUUGCUGUAAAGAGCUGAGAGAAUGGUUUUCACAAGUUGAAGACUGAUAUGGGUUAGAAUGAUGAUAAGAGAGCUAGUUGGCUAAUGGCACAUAAAUAAUGCCAUAACAUGUGGAUAAUUCUGAUAUGCGCUAUAUGUUGAUAUAUUAAGAUCAAGAUGAAGGCUGGUCUCCAGUAUCUUCUCGUCGUUCCUCUGAUUUUCCUCCUUUUACCUGGAUCCUCUCUCCACCAGGCAGGGCCAUAAGCUCCUGACACAACAGAACUGAACAUUUGUUUGACAGAUGACAGAGAUCCUACUGAGAGGAAGUGUUGUUCAGAAAAUUAGGGAUGUACUGCAGGAGUGUGUUCGCAUGAAGCAAAACCUCCAGUGAAGACAGCAGUAUACUCUUACUUUAGAGUCUGAUGGGUUAAUCCUCAGCUGAUACUGAACUCCAUUUUGAUUUACUGUUUGCUCUUUAUUCCCACAGGGAGAGUGUGUGCUUUAUUCCUGCUGUGCGAGUGUAAGUGUGUGUGUGUGUUUGUGUGUGUGUCAGUGUGGGUGCAAUGUACCAGAGAAGCUGCCAGACAAACAGUACUGUGGGUUUCUGACAGCUGAGUGUCACAGAGAAGACGUCCUGAAGUCUCUUCUUCACUUUGUGCUGUAAUUUGAAUUCCUGUCUCAGUGAGCAGACCACAGCCUGAUGGUCUCAGAUUUUUCACAGUCUGAUCAGCCGAGUCUGGGAAAGUCUAAAAUUUCAAAUCUGUGUUACAAUUCUAUCUUUAGAAAUCUGAAGACAUAUAGGGCUGCAGUUGGGUGCCAAAUGACAACGAUGUUCUCUACAAAUUUCUGCAGGUCAGGGUUUGUAGUUUUCUGCUGUCUAUUCAUGUAUGGGUGUGUUUGUACUAGUUUUGUGAACACAUAUCGCAGGAAUGCCAAAAGUUACUGUUUUUAAAAUUGGCACAAAGGUCCCAAUCUCAGUUUGAAGUUCUGUGUUUCUAACCAACUUCAAAUAGACCUGACCGAUCAUAGUUCCCCAUCCCCAUAUAUUGUGAUUCACACCAAAACUUUUACUGUUACGUGUCUUUUAUUAACUUUUAUUUGUGUUUAAACUGGUAUGUUUACUGUUCAUAAUGUUCCUAAAACGAGAAAUACCCUAACCAGGAUUCGAACCCACGACCUUCUUGCUGUGAGGCGACAGUGCUAACCACUACACCACUGUACCACCUACCUGCGCCACUCUGCCGCCCAUUGGUUAUCUUUCAGCAUUGAAAAUUCCAACAACACCCUUAUUUUUGUGUGUUCUGGAUCACAGUAUCCAGAAUUUUGGCGGCGGUAAUGAAAUGCCGCUGACUGGUCACUCUGAAAGAAGUAAAAUCACUGAUUACUCAGUCCUUGAUCCACUUCUGAGGAUUACUGCAGUCCUCUGUGUGGCCCAUGAAUCUACUGUGAUACUUCAGGAAAUGGUCCACUCACAUACAGCAGACCCAUCCUGGGGUUAAGUCUUACAUUUCAUGCAAAGUUGACAGAGUUCAAGUUUAAACUACAAACAAAGCAGCUGAAAAUUCCGCUCUCAUUGAGGGAGUUUUUCAGUCCAUCAGGUGGCUAUGAUUUUAUUAGUUCCCUUGUGAUUCCUGGCUUUAGUCUCGAACAGUUAAAGAACGGGGGUCUCUUUACCAUCACAGCAACAACUCUCAAUGCUCGAGUCCGAGGCCUUUUUUCUCUUCUGUCUUUUUUCUAACUGACUUUAAUUCUCCUAGAUUGCUUUGUAUGUGUUGCAGAGUUACGUUGUUUUGAAGUAAGAGGAGUCAAGUCAAGUCAAGUUUUAUUUGUAUCUCACAUAGCACAAAUUUGCCUGGAGGGCCUGUACGGUCUGCACAGUACACAGCAUCCUCUCUCCUCAGACGCUCGCUCCCCCAACACGGUCAUAUUAGCGAACUUCAGGAGGAGCAAACAACCGACAGAAAAAAAAAGUGAGAAAAUAGAACAACAUCGUUAAAUCAAAGGCGUGUCCCAAACUGCACAUCUUAAUUCUCCGGUCCAUCGGCGUGACACUUGUCUUUGUCUCACUCCUUCCCUUCUCGGUUCUUGUUACAUAACUCUCCUUAUCACCCGUGAGUUUCAGAUUUGAGCCGACAGUUGCAGUGGAGUGUCUUUAACUACAGGCUCAGUGUGGUUUCAGGUGAGUGUGUAGGGUGAGGUGUGCACUGCCGGCUGAGGAAUGAAGGGCGAGGUCCGGAGAGAUGCCAGUUUCCUCUGACAAAUAUCCCAUUGUUUCAUCAGCUCAGCACACCUCUACCUCCCUCCUACGCUAUCUGCAAAUAAACAUCUUACAUAUGCAAUCAAAAAAAACUGCUUUACACAUUAAUGCCUUUUACUUACAAGAAAAAAGAGGGUUUACAUUCAAGAGACAAACAGUAAUUCACACUGAUUUGCUGAUUUUGCAGUUAAACUUCUUAAUUUGGUAUCAAAAAUCAUCAUCUGGUCACUUUUUUGGCAUUUUACAUCAUCACAAAACAUACUUAACCUAUUUUUAGUUCAACACGUAGUUUUUUUUUGCAUGAUGAAUCUCUUUGCAGUAAUGGUCGUGCGCGUCCUCAAAAAAGUGACACUAUGCGGUUGCAAGAUGAGGCAUGCACAUAAAGGGGAGGACAGGUGUGGAGCAGGUGCAACAUGUUUGUUAAUUUCCAGUCACCUGCAGAGUGAUUAACCUGAUUGUGUGAAGCUGUUGCUACAUUUUCAGUUGAGUUUGGUUUUUAUCCGUCCUAAUGUGCGAUAUCCUCACCGCACCACCCGAUCAGUUUUUACCCACGCCUGACCUAGUGGUAAUGAGCUGAGCUGGAGCAAACCACGACCUGCUGAAGUGGAGGUGGACAUACUUUACUUAGUGGAUCAAUUUGUGUCUUUUGCUCAUAGACUUGGGGUUCACACAUUCAGAAAAGCAAGCCCAAGUAAGCAACAUCUAGUUAAAAACAAGUCCAAAGAAAAGAACUCACGAGUUCUGCAGGCGACUUCUGAGAGAUACAAGUUUAAAGUCUUCUAUAAUAAGCGGACUUGGCAACUCUAAGGCGUCUACAAAUAUUUUACCAUUGUUUAAACUUGUCUCUGUUCAUGAAUGCAGAUCUAGGAUGUUUGCACGUGCGUCCAAACGGAAAUGAAAAAACGGCUAGGUUUUCAAAAUAAAAGCGACACACUUUUAUAGCGUGUUGAUGAGUUGAUUGAGGGACCUCACGAAGGGCCAGGCAGGGACAUCCAAAGGCCCGGAUGUGGCCCCUGGCCCGGGUCAGCUUUGACUGUGGUGGACAGGGCUGCUUCUACCCUGGGAACACAGCUUAUUGUUUAAUUAGAUAAAAUACAGGUGCACUUAACAGUCUGCAUUAAAGUUUUACUCUAUGAAGUGUUUAUUAAAAGCCUUUGUGUUAACAGUAAAAUGAAUUAAUUCAAACCAAAGAGAAAAGGUGCAGAGCCAAGAGACUAAGAAAAAAGACAGCUAGGCCUCUGCAGAGCGCCAAUAACCCAGACAGUUGGACGCAUCAGAGCUGUGAGAUUUGGAGCUUAAAUGAAGAGUCUGCAUGUGCAAAACAACUGCUACAAGAGCGAAAGUGUAUUCACAUGAAAAAUAGUUAACCAAAGGUCAAAGUUAAACAGAAGCUGGGUGUUAAAACUCACCCACUUUCCCAAUAAAAGUCUUUUUUUGUUGUUGUUGUUUAUCACAGAUUUUUAUAAAGUAAUUAUAUAUCUUAAUGUCUAAUUGGUAUACGCUGUCAUUUGUUUUAGUCACUGAUCAACAAUCUACAACUUUGUUCACUAGAUGAGUUCCCUUCAGCCUGUCUUCAGGUAUGAGGCACAUUUCUUUUUAAUGACCUCUGUGGUGAAAUUUCUUUUGAUUCUGUGAUCAGGUUUCAGACAGUUUAUUGGUAAAGUCAGACGUCAUUUCUGAGAUAAAGUUUAAUAAGCUGGCUUGUAAUAUGAAGAUGAAAUUGAGCAUUGAAAAGUUCACCUCAUUGCCUUCUCGUUGUCAUCAGGACAAAAACAAACAGUGAUUUAUGGUUCCUGCCGAGAAGGCGUGCUCUGAUCAGGUCCUCCUCAGGGCAGACCGGGGAUUUCACUGGAGCUGAAAUGUGUCAAACAUAUCUGAGCUCUGAGUGAUUUAUAAUCCAGUAAAGCUGUCCAGCAGGUUCCUCUUAGUUUUACUUGGAUGCCGUGAAACAUGCUCGCUGUUUUAGCUCGCCACUCAGCACGCCUUAAAUGGCUUCACAUGAUUAAACUUCAGCUCACUCUUAAUGACCUCAUUGGUUAUGGUGUUAUCAUCCCUGCAGAGCUAUUAACAGAGGAUUUUAAAAACAUGCAGGGUGAAAGUCAUGUUCUUUAUACUGUUGUGCAAAAUGAUAGCAGGUGAUUAAACUGAACACCUGCUGAGCGGAGACUCUUUUUUACGACAUGCUGGUGCAGAUGCUGCAAACUGACUUCAGACUAAGAUUAACUAUUGUCUCUUUUCAGUUCUACAUCUCAGACUUGAAAUCUCACCAUUGGCUAUCUUUACUGUGAUCCUUCUCUCAAACGAGAAUUUUAUUCUUAAAUAUAUGCCUGCUAUUGCUUCUUCUACUAAAGGGAUAGUCCUGAUUUUUUAAAGUAAAGAGAACUGGAGCAGUGUACAGACCUGGAUGGCUGGUCUGGGUGCUGCUGACUGAGGUGGUCUUUACAUGAGUACGAAUUUGUAAGACACCGGUAAAAUAAACUAUCGAUCUGGUGAUAUUGACACACAGAGACGCGUAUUUGUCCAUGACAUCUUUUUUGAAAACGGGUCUGCAGGUGGAUAUCUGGGUAAUCGUCUUCAUGCCAUAGUUGGUACCAAUAGAUAACUCCGGAAAAGACGGUGACCUCACAGCACCCCCAACCCACAUUGUCACACACACAGCAACAACAACAAUGGCAGUAGCUGGGGUGAUUUUGUUCUUGUUCCAGCAACUACGAAUAUUGCUACGACUUUUAUACCAACAUUUAGAACAGCAACAACACCAGCUACGGCAACAAAGUGCUCAUGCAGAGAUGCAGCAUGUUACCCGUGCACAACUUGUUGUCGUGGAAUCCACCUCGGAGCAGAACCAGACGGGCAACCCGAACCCGAUUUCAUGUGGAUUUUGCGUUGUCAUGUAAAUGCACUUAGCCUAUGUACAAUAACAAUGUGUAAACAGCGACACAUGUUUUGGUGCGGAAGCCAAGACAAGACAAGACUGAGCCACGGUUGAGCAUAUUGCAAAAACAAAUGAGCCCUGUGACGGCAAAAUGAAGGGCUGAAAAAAUUAAAGUGCUCAAUCUGACAAUGUUUGGGUUGGAGUUUUUCAAUAAUUGUCCAGAGUACAUGGUUAAGUUGAUCCCAUCUGCAGCAGGUGAUCCCCCAGCUUCCAUCUCCUGUUUUUCAUCAACCAUUCAUUUCAUUCGACCAGACCAGGACCCCCUGAUGGGCGAUUUUAACAAAUCCCCAUCUCUAAAUUAGUUUCCAACAAGUCUUCUUUCCUCAUGUCUCCAUGCUGUGCAAAAUACUUAUAAGCUUAAUCUUUCCAUACAAACUCAUAGACAUAUACUGAAGUCCAGGCUUCCAUCCCCACUGUUAUCAUAUCUUCAUGAGAGAUAUGGAGGAUAAAACCUUUUCCACACUCAGACCCUCCUUCAUUAGUUACAGUCUGUGGGCUUUAUGAGGGCAUGGUGCUGAAUUCAUUUCCCAGAAUGGCAUUAACUUGAGUGAUAUGACGUGGCUCUUGCGCACCCUUCUGAUUAAGCCGCCUAUCAAUAACCUGUAUUAACCCAAACUGUACGAUAGAGUUUAUCACCAAACCCUCCUCCCACCGUGUCCUCAGAGCAACCACGAAGGCGUAAUUUUAUCCUGAGCGUUCGUACUCUUGCCGUCUGCUGCUGGCUGAUAAUCUGAUGACUCAUCGCAGUGAUUCAUUUUUGUAUUAAAGGAUAAUCUGCUGUUUAUCAGCUGGAGGUGGAAAGAGAUCAUUCACACGCACACGUACUGUCCUGUUGUGUGUUUCAUAAUUUCAUACACACCUCUCCUGAUAGGAAGAGCGAGAAGAUCUGACAGAUGUGACCACCUGCACACUUUGAAGACGCUGCUUCACACACGGUACAGAUUAUUUCUACUACAGAGAGUUGAAGAGAUGCGCAGGAGGGUCACAUCCUGUUUGUGAUGAACAUUUUAACAACUUAAAAAACUUAAUAACAUAAUGAUCGGAGUAGUUUUCGUUGUUGAAGCACAGUGCUAGAACAAUGACUUUGCAUUAUUCCUGUUUGUGUACUGACUGUCAUUGUUGGUGUUAUAAUAAGAUGUGCUUCAUUAAAUCACCCAUCAUAAUUCCCCUUAGAGAAUCAAACGAGAAGUUCAGUGCUCGAUGAUGCAUGUGAAAAAAAAGUCAAUCAGUGGUUACUCACUCAUAGACUGAUCACACGGCAGUAUUUAUCCUAUUAAUAAUGAUAAUAAUAAUGCAUUUUAUUUAUGAUGCACUUUAUAUUUAAACAACUCUGAAAGUGCCACAGACAGGGUAUAAAGACAGAACAUUAUAAAAGCAUGUAAAAAAAAAGGAGACUAUAAGAGCAACAGCUCCUGGAGCUAAGAAGAAACAACCAAGAUUAUCCCUGACAUGUCAAUCUAUUAAAAUCUCCAUGGGGGGCAAAGCUUUCAGUCGCUCUGCCCCCCGACUCUGGAACCCUUUACCAUCACACAUCCGCAACAUAGACUCCCUCCCCCUCUUCAAGUCCAAACUCAAGACACACCUGUUUAAACUGGCCUAUCCAUCCCACCACCCCUAACUCACUUUUUAAUUUUUAAUUUUAAUUGAUAUUAUUUAUUUCUUUAUUUAUUCCUUUGCUGUUGUUUAUGCUGCUUUGUUGAUUUUAACUGUUUUGAUGAUUGAUGACUUUAAUUGUUAAUAGUGUUUUAUUAUUGUUUUUUAUGUUCUGUAAAGUGUCCUCGAGUGACGUGAAAGGCGCUUCAAAUAAAAUGUAUUAUUAUUAUUAUUAUUAUUAUUAUUAUUAAGAAGUCCCUGUUGUACAGAAACACCGCUUGCAAAUCUGCACAAGCAAGUCAAGGGGAAACUUAUUCCUAUUAACAUCUCCUUGAAGUUCCUGCAAAAAUCCUUACCUUGGCAAUAUUUUGGUCUGUAAUCUACAGACCAAGAGGACUGCAUUCAAACCCUUGAACUUCUGCCUUGGAUUUCACUGUGUGCUCGCCGGGCUAACAGGCUGCUUUCUCUCUUUCCUUUGAAGAAGUUGUUGAUUUGAUUGUGCAGUGAUCACAAAAAGGAGUAAAAAGCCUCCUCAACAGUUUUUUCUCCAUCUUGGUUAUUUUUAUGUUAUUUGUGGAGAAUCUGGUUAGUGUUAUUCUUCUAAAAUAUGGUUGACCUGUAUAUACAUUCAGAUUAUACUGAUCAGUUGGGAUUAAACACAGUCAGAGUCAUCACCUUUCAGGCAUUAAGCUGCACGUAGAGGACGACGCCCCUGCCACUGUAGAUUAUCCCUGACAUGUCAAACUAAGGUGAUUUUUUUUUCAUACUAAUUGAGAUGAAGUUGUGCUGAAUUCUUUAGAUGGCUGAAGGAAAACGUUGACUUUUUUUCAACAGGAGGAAGCAGGACUUCUUCGCCAAGCUUUAGUAGAGAUGUCACAGUAUGGUGUUUAUGACUGAGCCUCAAAAUAAGAUGUAAAUUUGCGCUAAACUGAACCAAAACGAAGGAUUUGUACUCUCGGUUCUUCCUGCUGCUGACUGAUAAUCUGAUGAGUCACUGCAAGGAUGUGUCUUCUGAGGCUGAUCUGCAGUUUCUCAGCUGUAGGUGGAGGGAGAUCAUUUUCACAAAUACAGAGAAUAGACUCUGAGUCUAUGUGACAUUUGGUGUUACAUAACUUUACUACAUAUUCCUCUGAUGAGCUGAGUGUGGAGUUUUAUACAUUUGUGCAGUUUUACACACCGAAACAUAAACAGGAACAAAAUGUAAAAAUGUGCAUCCUGUUUCAUAUUCAGUGUUCCUGCUUAACACGUGCAUGGAGGCGGUGUGAGAAUUUAACAACAUAAUAACAAUAAGAUUAGCUUCCAUCCUUAAUGAGCAUGGUUUGGUCUUUUAUAAUGAUCAUGAUUAUGCUGUUUCUGGUUUUAUUUUAGCUCCCGAUUGUUUUUAUUCUUAUGUUUUAUUCAGUGCAUUUAUACCUUUUUUAAAUGAGGGUUUUAUUUAAAUUUUAGCGUCUCCUUGGUUGAACUGAUUUGUAUAUUAUAUGUUAAUUUGACUUAAAUUGAGUCAUAAUUGCUGUUAAUUGUAUUACAAUGAUAUUCAACACUUUUGCUAUUUUAUUUCACUCUAAAUAACCACAGUGAAAACUUUAGAUUUGGUGCGUAAAUGAGUUUAUUUCUCAAACGAAAAUAGAAAUCUUUGACCAAUCCCAACAGAAGUGUCGCAGUUUAACAGUGAAACAGCCUGAAUUUAUGGCCUUUUAAGAGAGUUGAGUAAGAAUAAACAACCUAAAGCAGAAAUACUUUUCGGACAGAUUGUUAUUCUAAGUUUCGGUGGAUGUUUUGAAAGCUGCUGUGAGCAACUUCUGUUUGUGUUGAUUCUGGCGCCCCCUCUGGUCAAAGUGAUACCUCUUACUUCCUUGCUGUCCUUGUCAAAAGAAGUGUUUCCUGAUGAAAAUGCUCCUCCUGUUUUCUUUUAGCACUCAAAAGCAUCACUCUCUGUGAAUAUCUGCAGCAGAAACAGUCUAAAAGGCUUUUUCUUCUGCCAAUUGUCUGGUUUGACACCAACCCCCUCAUCGUGGUUACAGGCAUAAAAAUCACAAAAUACAAGCCGUCAAUCCUGACGUACAUGGUCUUGUUUGCUUUUUAGGUCACAGUGAAGCAUCUCUGUUCAAAUCAGUCUUUCAUGAGCAGCUAAAAACUCCCCAUGGGUGCUUUAAAUAAUACUCUUGACACAUUCAAAUAAAAAUUUAAUUUAAGAAGCAAAUCUUUUUUCCGUCUUUGCUAUGCUUUAAAAAAUAAGAGCAUGACUGUGCACACAUGUAAUCACACUGAAUACACAGGCGUCCUGUUCGUGGGUGUCACAUGACACAAACAGCACCAUCUUUAAGACUGACCUAAAACCAGACGUCUAUAAUCAACAUGCCUCCUGUCUGCUGUAAGCUGUUAAUACAGUCAUGCAAAACAGACCACCUCCGAUACUUAUAUGUGAAUUCCUUAUGAUUGUGAUUCACUUGGAGGUAAAUAAAGAUCUGAACCUGUUAUUUAUAUCAAUAGCGAUGCCUUUCAGUCUGCAGAGAGAGGGUUAGUUGUGUCUAACUCGAGGUUCUUUCGAGAUGAAAUGCUCCUAAAGAUGCCGACAACAGCAACAAAUAUAUUUAAAUACAUUUCUUUUAUUCAACAAUGAAGAAGCUCACUGAGCGUCACGGUCUAAAUCAGUCUGUCUCCGCUGUCCUCCCGGCUGCUCGGUACAAGCAGAUCUCUCAGGUUGUUCAGGUGACUCACUGGAUCCUCACUCCUCUUCCCCUUCUGUCUCCUCUCUAGUUUCACCUGGCUGUCGGCUCAGGUGCACAGCAACAUGGUGAUGCAUUUCUCCGGUCGCAUCGCUGACAGCUUCGACCGGGAGUUUCGCUGCCUGUAUGCCGACUCACAGAUCAUUGACUGCUUCUUCAACGCAGAGGAGGAGGGGAUGCCUUACUACCCAUCAUAUCAGGCUCUGAUGCCCUCCAGCAUGGGCAUGGGGCUGGGUCCCAUCAUGGGUCUGGAUUUACUGCCAGACAGGUAUGAUAUGAAAAAGAUGAUGUCAGUCUAAGACAUAACACUUGUUUAUAACUUUGUAGACUAACACCCUGAUAAGAAGCCCAUCAGUUUUAGUUCAUAUGAAUUAAUUCUUUUUUUUUUACUAAAACUCUAAAUUCAGAAUUUGAUCAGUUUUGCCGACAUAAAUUAUCAGGCUCACACUUUCUCUUCCCCACCCCUUCCUCCAGGCAGAGGGACAGGGGAUGCUCUGAAAACUCCAGCAGCCAAUCAAGUAACAGCGUGUCGAGUGUAAAAGUUGCACCCGGGAUGUCAUCAAACCCAGUUUACAAGGUGACUCAGAGUCAUGACAAGAAGGAGCUCAACAACAACCCCCACCUCAGCCCUGAGAGGAGAGGAGGGAGCGGAGAACGAGGAGGACAGACCCCCACGCCAGGGUCACGAGUCUCUGCCAACGGAGUAUCCAAUCACAGCUCGGCGAUUGACAGGCCACCGCCCCCCUACGGUCAUCAAAUGGGCAUCGAAAGGAACAAAUCCGGCUCUGCAGAUGCCCUGCGCUCCAAUAUCGGAGGAACCUCCUCCAAGUUUCAGGCGUUGGGCUUGUACGAUCACAAACCGAGCAUGUUCCACAAUCCUGGGUUUGUCCCUGGGGCCCCCAACUCAAACCUGAAUCCCAAGCCUCAAAUACCCACCCCCGCCAACGACAAACUCAACCCCAAACAGAGGACUCCUUCAAACCAGUUCCUCAACAAACUCUCAGACUUCUUCCUGCCCCCUUCCAACAAGGACUCCUACAACUUCCGGAGGUCACCAUCCCCUCAUGGGACCUCCCCCUGGGGUGGGCCUGAUCUCUCUCAAACUGAGCCAGAGAGCCAGCAGAGCCCCCCACCCCCGCCCUCACCGAUCACAUUAAUGAACCGGCAGGACCAGAAGCGGAUGACACUGGGACACAGCAAGCUGGACCUCGUGAACCAGUACAACAAGAAAAACAAGCAGGUGUACAGCCGCUUUGAGCUCAAGACCUCCAACUGAGCCGAGACCCGCCUCCUUUUGGUUGUCUUUUGCAUUAUACGAGUCGAUGACAAGUCUCCGUGGACUGUGAUAAAGAGGUCAGUCCUUUGUCUUCCUCCUGGAGGAAAUCAGGUGAUCACGGCCAUGUUGGCUCAGAGGCUCCUCUGGCAGAGUUCUCCUCUGUUAUCACUCAAACCUGCUUCAUCGUGUGAGAAGGGUUUACAAAUACAGGAGGGUUGUGACUUUUUGUAAGGUUUAAGUUUAUAGAAAGAAAAAUGACCUUUCCAAAUAUACUGUAAGUGAUAUUUAAGAAUCACAAAUCUUUAAUGUUUUUGAAUGAUCCAACAAAAUCAUGUGGUUUAAGCUCCAGUUCUUUCUCAGAGGUAGACUAUGCACAUUGUCUGAUCAAUAGCUGUGUGUUUGGUAGUCGGUGGAUUUUUUUUCCAUUAUGAUUUAGUGGAUUUUUAACUAUCAAACCACAGAGAAUAUAAAACCUGGACAUUAUCUCAGAAAUGUCACCCACUGGGUUUUGAAGAGUCAAAAGUUGUUAGUCGCUGUAUUGCACAUGCUGACUUCAACUAACAUCUGGCUCAUCUACAAAGAAAGGUACAGCAUUGCUUCAGAGGUGAAACCAGGUGGUGGAAAAAUCUAUUUAGCUAUCCUGAUAUUCUUAACCCUGAUUAAGAUAAGAGAAAUAAUAAAAUGUUCCUUUAUUAGUCUCAGAGGGGGAAAUUCCAAAUCACAGCAGCAUAUAAAUACAUAAAGAGAAAUUUAAGGAUGAAGAAAGUUAGGGUUAAAAAAGAUAUAUAUACUGAUUGGCUAUAUAGAUUGAUUGGCUACUCGCUUAACCAAAGGUGAAGCUUGUACUGAAAUAAUAAGUGUCUUUCAUGUAAAAAUCUCAUCCUGCAGAGUGUUGGCAGUAAAAUAUCUCAAUAAUUUGGGAGAUCUUAAUUGUAAAUAGUAAAAACGGGGCUUUUUCUUCUGCUGCUCAGCUGACGCCGAUCCUCUUGCAAUGAUUUGAAGCAGGAAAAACGACCGAAAUAGUCUUGUUUGCUUUUGGAGAUCAUGAAAAGGCAUCAAAAUAAAUUCAAUCUAAUUUAUAAACAUGAAAAAAAAGAUAAAAAUUCCCAUCGGAGCUUAAAGCAAAGUUUUGUGUUGGAGUUUGCUGUGUUUCAAACUCUCAAUUUUGGGUGAAAGUUUGUUAUUUCCCUGUUGAUGUAAGUCAGUUAUGUAUUACGGUUAUAAGUCUCACAGAAAAAUCCAUUUUUACUGACUCUCACUGAAAACCAUAAGAGAAUAUGGUAGCCGGCAGUUUUAUACAGCAGUAACUUAGGGGACAUAAGCCUUUUCAGCACUGAUGCCAACGUGACGCCUGUUGUUUUAACAGACUGAUAAAUCAGUCUAUCUGAAGUUCACAUCAUUUAAUAAAACCGAUGGCCAGAAUAGCUGAAAGUAGAUGUGUUCAAUCUGCAAAGCUAAAUAUAAACAAAGGCAGGCCUGCUCUGCCUUAGCAUGGAGAAAAAUUAUGGAAAAACUGAACACAGGUGGUGCCGAUACUGCUUUCUCUCCACCACUUGUUAAUCGCCUAAACUGGCUCAAGAAAUGACCAUAUGACCAUUCAUCAGGCCAAUGAGAUGUAACAGUGUCUGCCAUAUAUCUCACAAAUUCAAGUAUUGCAUACAGACCAGCCAAGUACACACAGUUGUGUACACAAAGGCUAUAAAAAGCAGGAUGAUGUCUGGCCUUACUCUUCAUACAACAAGGACGGAUAGGUUGUAAAAAUAUUCCCUUGAACUGUUUUGAGGAACAAAGAAAAUAUUUGGUGAGAUCCAGAUCUAUUGUUUGUUCAAGGCUGUAAACCUGUUAAACACCAGUGUGCUGUCCACUGCCUUUGGAGACAGCCUCUAGUGGACAGUGGGAGAACUGCAUUUAAGGACUGGCUUCAGGUUCAAACACCAGAGCUUUCAGCUUGUGUUAAAUAUAUAAUUGCAGUUUUAAGUCAAAGUUCAGGACACUGAUGAAGUCUCAUAUACUGAGGGAUACAGAGUGAUAUAUCAAGGCUUGGUAGUUGCUUUAUGGGACCUUAUUUGGCAAUAGUGUAUCAAGAAGUCCCACACUCCAGUUUCAAAGGUUCGUGUGUGCAUAAUGGCAGUGAUACGCACUGAUAUAACACCAAUUACAUCACCAUGAGCAUUGUUAUCAGGGUGCAAAGGUCGUGCAUAAUGUAGUCAACCUUGAUCACAAGAGAAGUAAUAUAAAGCUCUUCAACAAUAAUGCUUUUCUGGUCAUUGGAACGACAAGUGACUAGAAAACUCCAAAUGAACGUUUGAGUGUGCACUAAUCUAUCAAAAUGAAUGAGUGAAUUCUUUGUUUCAGUGAGACUUCAGAUCAGAUCAGCUUUCAUUUUUCAGAUUUUUACUUUCUAAAGUGUUCAAUAAUUGUCAAACAUGUGAAGACAGGGAUUCACUCCGUGGAUUAAACCAUCCUUGUAACACUCCUGUAUCAUAGUGUACAUAACACGUGCCUUGAUCAUCCUGCCUUAAAGUUUACAUUCCUAUGUUAAACAAGUAACAUCUCAUCAGGUUAGUGCUAUUUAAGGUACAUGAAUGCCUAUCUGAAACCUGCUGUGACUACAGGGAACAAAGCUCAUUUUGAACAACAGCAGAAAUUAUGUCCAUGAUGCUGUGUUUUAACACUUUCCUGAAAACUAGACGCAAAUAAAAACACACUCAAGGGCUUUGGGGGCACACACACUUAAAGUAAGUUCCAUUAUUGUACAUCACUUGUUCAUUAAGAUGAGUCUUUUUCCUUCCUACUCUAGAUUUUUUUACAAUAAAACAGCAUUUUCUUUGAAUAUGUACAUUUGUACAGACCACUUAACAAAUAAGAAACGGUUAAAACUGAUUGUAUUAUGUUUUCUUUGCGUUUCAUUUUGUCAUGAAUUGUGCUGGUGUACAGCAGUUUUUGAACAGCACUGCAGGGAUUUCCAAGCAAGAACGGGAAAACAAAUGUUUGCUGUAAUCACCCAAGCAAUAAGGAUGAACAUUGUGAGUAAUUAUUUUGAUAAAUGUGUUUAUCUGUGUUUUAUUGACUGUACAUUCCCUUUUGUUUUUUUUUUUUGCUAACUACAGUCAGCUGGACAAAGUGCAGGUAAUGACUAAUCCAUGCCUCAUGUUUGUCUGAGUGUACAUGAUGCACAUUAUUAUGUAAAUAACACAUGAACAGACUGUCAGGAAUUCGGGGUCUUCAUCAAAGAAUUGUUUUUGAUUUGUUAUUUUUAUGAUGUUUUACUGGACAAUGUGAACUUUCUGUUGAAGUCCUAAUUUGUAAGAAAAAAACAUUUAAUAAAAAAAGUAAAAGUUAAAAACAAUAAAAAGUGUUGAUGUCGUUCAUUAUGGAUCAGAGGAUAAAAUAGAUGAAAUAGUGUUUUGAAUAGGUGACAAGUCAGUGUUUUGCAGUAUUAUGCACGGACAAUGUCAAUGAGGGGUGCUUUAUUGCUCAGAAGAGGUUCAAAUCAACACAAUCAUGAGAACUUCUUAAGCUAUCACUGAGUUUUAAGAUGCUUAAAGGACUUCAUUUAGCAUGUAGCUGCUGUGCCCAAAUAAAGUGCUGUGAUGCUCAUUAGCCUGCUCUGCACUCUUCUCUAUUGAAUCAUUUAUUUGGCUCUUCUUUCUUUGUCUCAGGGCAUGUUUUGUAGAGAUAAGUUAUUUAUAAAUGAAGUUUUGAAUUUUCCUAAUGACUGAAAAUAUCAGAAAUAUAAAAUUGGAAUAUAAAUCACUGGUUGCUCAAAGUUGUAUAAACUAAGGACCAUCUAAAAAAUUUGUCAGAGAAAAAUGUACAAUAACUUUCUAUGACCCAAAUUUAUCAUUAAAUAAUACAAAAGAGUGACACGCCAGUGAAAUCAGGAUGUUUGCUGAAAAUGUGUAAACCUGUUUGUAAGGCACUAACCCAUCAGGGAGCCUUUCUACAGCAUGUUUUCCUGUCAGGAAGUGGAGGCCAAGGUCUGUGUUAUGGGCCAUUGCAUAGACAAUGUAACAGUUAUGAAUUCUCCAAGGACCAGCAUUCGAGCAAAAAAGUCCCCAAACUGGACAAUGAUGACACAAACAAUCAAAGCCCAUUAUUUAUGAGACCGAUCUUGAAAUAGAAAGUGUCUCUGUGCAGAAAAACAAAGAGGAAAUGGAAGAUUUUGAAGCAGCAAUCAAAUGUGUGGUUUUUGCAUUCAAUGAACCUUUUAAAUUCAAAUACAUGUAUGUAUGUAUUUAUGUAUGUAAAUGUUAUUUAAUAAGCACAAAACUUUGUAAAAGCGAGUAACUUAAAUAAUCGCACCAGUGGAGGAAACCUAAUGUAGGACCGCACAGACAGUGGGCAGUGUAGCAAGAGCAACAAUAAUGAUGACAAUAAAAUCAACUUCCUUUUUAUAGUACCUGUCAAAAUAGGGGAACAAAGUGCUUAUAACAAAUCUAAACAAAAUAUAAAAAAAUAAGAAAUGUCAGCAAUACAAUGACUAACAAUUUAAAAGUUUAGCAAAACGGUGGUGAUCUGACAAUAUAGGAGUUACAAGAAACAAACGGAUGAGGAGAUAAACAAGUUUUAAGGCAAAAAUGAGAUAUAAAGUGAAAUAAGAAGAUAAACGCCACAAAAAUCCCAGAGCCCCAUAAAAGCUUUUAAAAAAGACUAAAAAAUACCAACAGAUAAAAUAAAAUGAACAAUGUCAGAAGAAAAAAGGCAAAAUUUUAAAAAAUCUAAAUGAUCAAAAUAAAUAAAUUAGAAGAUGCUGCCUAAAUGUGCAAUAAUUGCACAAUCUGAAGUAUUAAAACACAUCUAUAAAGUGUGGGAAGCACUUAUUAUAACCCCAGCUCCCAACCUAGGACUCAACAGUUGUUGUUAGGUUUGCAUUAAUUUAUUUAUUAUGAAUCACACAUUCAUAAGGCAUUAUGCUGCUGUAAAUUGUUAUUAAUGUUUAAAUUAUGAGCAAGGAAUGUUCAAAGCAAAUUUAUUAAGUAUUAUAAGUCUUGAUAUUACAUUGUAAGUGGGGGUUUAUCUGAAGUGCAUCUAAAAUAUGUCUUUUAAAGAGAUUAAAGGGAUGAUACUGAGGUUACUGGUCUGAUUGCCUUUGGGAGGUUGUCUAGACGAUGGAUGCUCUGGCAGAAAAAACUUUGAUCCUCCGCCACAACUGAGUUCAACAUGUUUCAAAACAAGUGCUUUUCAUCAAACAUUAGCAGCGCAUUUAGAAAAGCCUCUUCCAGGACAACUUCGGUCUAAACCACCAGCUACAUGUGAGAACCUGGUUACAGGUUUGCUUGGCACGUACAGUAUUUGACAUGUGGUCCUGGUAACAGGAUGCCUUGUUAUUUUUGUUGGGCAGUCAGUUUGUUAGAUCCGUGUUGUUUACGAGGUUGAAGUUUACCAGAGUUUUUGUCUCUGCUGCAUGUGCUGCAUUCCAGCUCACUUUCAGGACGCUGUUUUGUUUGAACCUGGGUGUGACGACCGGUUGAUUUAACCUCAUGCAUACCUCUGCUUCUUUACUUUGUAAAACAGACGCCAAAGAGCCAAA